AACGGGCUGGUGGCAGAACUGGGAGGAUUGUCAUCUCACCGCGAGGCCCUCGCAGUGGAUGUGCCUGUGGAACUGCUACGAUACAUAGACGAAGGCGGCAACCCAGACGCGUUCACUUCAGAAAUUUUCAAUAGAGCCAACCGCUCGAACCAGCUAGCAAAAGGCAAAGUUGAAGCCUUUGGUGCCUUUCGGGAAGCGCUGCUGAAAGAGGCAGGCAAAGCAUUCCCUGAGGAGACGGAAGCAUUCAAGGCGCUGGCACGACCAUCUGCU